AUCAGCCUUGCAGACUGGGGUCGCAAGGCCAUUGAGAUUGCGGAGAAUGAGAUGCCAGGGCUGAUGAAGAUGCGGGAGAUGUACGCUGCAUCAAAGCCGCUGAAAGGUGCACGUAUUGCUGGUUGCCUUCACAUGACUGUGCAGACAGCAGUUCUCAUAGAGACCCUUAUAGAGCUGGGAGCUGAGGUACAAUGGUCAAGCUGCAACAUUUUCUCCACUCAGGAUCACGCUGCAGCUGCUAUUGCAAAAGCUGGUAUCCCUGUGUUUGCCUGGAAAGGGGAGACUGAUGAGGAAUAUUUGUGGUGCAUUGAGCAGACCCUGUACUUCAAGGACGGGCAGCCCCUCAACAUGAUUUUGGAUGAUGGUGGAGAUCUUACCAACCUCGUUCAUACCAAAUACCCACAGCUCUUGAAAGGAAUUAGAGGUAUUUCAGAAGAGACAACCACUGGAGUUCACAACCUGUACAAGAUGAAGGCCAAUGGGACCCUAAAAGUGCCAGCUAUCAAUGUUAACGACUCCGUCACCAAGAGCAAGUUUGAUAACCUUUACGGCUGCAGAGAGUCCCUCAUUGAUGGCAUCAAGCGUGCUACAGAUGUCAUGAUUGCUGGAAAAGUAGCAGUCGUGGCAGGUUAUGGCGAUGUGGGCAAAGGCUGCGCUCAGGCCCUGCGGAGCUUUGGAGCCAGAGUCAUCAUCACUGAAAUUGAUCCCAUCAACGCACUGCAGGCAGCCAUGGAAGGUUAUGAAGUUACAACCAUGGAGGAGGCCUGCAAAGAAGGCAAUAUCUUUGUUACCACCACCGGCUGCACUGACAUUGUUCAGGGCAGGCACUUUGAGCAGAUGAAGGAUGAUGCCAUAGUGUGUAAUAUUGGCCAUUUUGAUGUGGAAGUUGAUGCAAAGUGGCUGAAUGAAAAUGCGGUAGAGGCAGUGAAUGUUAAACCUCAGGUGGAUCGCUAUACGCUGAGGAAUGGCCGUCAUAUUAUCCUGCUAGCGGAGGGCCGACUGGUCAACUUGGGCUGUGCCAUGGGGCACCCUAGCUUUGUUAUGAGCAACUCCUUCACCAACCAGGUGCUGGCACAGAUCGAGCUGUGGACCAAUAGUGACAAAUACUCUGUUGGAGUCCAUUUCCUGCCAAAGAAGCUGGAUGAAGCUGUGGCAGCUGCUCAUCUGGAUAAACUGUGUGUGAAGCUGACGAAGCUGAGUGACAAGCAGGCCAAAUACCUAGGCUUAUCGAGAGAUGGGCCAUUCAAGCCAGACCACUACAGAUACUGAGCAGGUGGCACUACCCAAAGACCAGAGUGCAGGGAUACAACCUUCCAAAGCUCUUGUGUGUGCUGGGCUUCUGAGAACAAGCCCUUUGCCAUACUCCUCUCAGUGCUGCAGAACCCCUCCCCUUACCAAGGGAGCUUCAGGGCCUUAUUUGUUAGUGAAAGAGGAUCACUCUGACUCUCGGAAUUAGAAUUGGUUACUUAGCUAAUGUCA